AUGGAUAAUUAUGAAGGUAAAGGCACUGCUAUAUUAAAAUAUUAUGGUGUUAAGAAUUUCCAAGAUUCUAAAGAACAAGCUGUACUUCUUGGUGUCAUAUUUAUAAUUAUGCCAGUACUUUUAACAAAAUACUUGGACUUUUUGGCUGUAGAUUCCACUGGUUGUCGCAAUAGCUUAAACUUUCUAAAUACUGCUUUUAUAGUUAGAUCAGAUGAACCUUGUAGUCAAGUUGUAGCAACAUUUGAAUCAACUGCAAGCAGCUUUUUUAAGUCCUAUCUUAACCAAAAAGAUGCCAAUGGUCACAAUAAGAAUGAGUUUAGGCUAUCUGAAAAAAGAGGUUCUAAGAAUAAGAAAAAAAGUCAUUUUGUGCUAGGAGAAUUUAUUCAACUCCAAGAUACAAUUUUCAAUGCUCUUUACCAAAUAGUAAAGAUUGUUGAAAUUAUUGGUGAGAGUAGAGUUAUUGUGAAUAUAAUCUUUAAAAAUGGUGAUAAAGAUCAAUGCAUAGUUCAGCUCGAUAAAAUAGCAGAUAUGCUGAUAAACAAAAAAUCACAAGCAUUCAUGUUACCAAAAAGUGGCUAUUUCGAAACAUACCUCAGAAAUUGGAAAAAACCUUAUAUUGUCUCAUGUGAUGCAGAGUUCAAGACUAUGAAUGAAGAAGAACUAUCAAAUAUUUCUGUAAAUGCUUUCAAGAUUGAUAAAUAUAAAUUAUUAGAGACUGGAAAUAUCAAACAUUUAUAUUUAUGUGUAGGCAAGAUUAAAUUAACUAGACAGAUUGAUCAGUGGCUGCCCUUGAUUCUUGUGAUCAAUGUUGUAGAUAUCAAUAUUACUGACGAAGGAACUUAUCUUGAGAAUAAAGACCUUUUAGAAGAAAUUGAUUUUCCUUCAGAAAAUGUAGAUACAAAACAAAG